AUGAAGGAAAAAAACAUUAAAAUCAAAAUUCUUUUCUCUGGUUGUACCGUUGAAACCAUCUUAGACUUGAAACAUGUCGUUCGACGGCGGCGGUAGCGGCGCUAACACAGACGGCGCCACCAAUAAGGAUUUCUUUUGCUACCAAUGUAACCGUACCGUCACCAUAAUGAUCUCCCCUUCAGCUGACCCGUCUUGUCCAAUAUGCAACGGGGGAUUCCUUGAAGAAUACGAAAACCCUAGCCUUAAUCCAGGUUCCACCUUCCAAAACCCGAAUCCGAACCCAAACGAUACCUCACCGUCGGUAUCGGAUCCGUUCUCUGCCUUCCUCCCGUUCCUUUUUCCUUCUUCACCAUCCCCUGCUUCAAUUGACCUUCAUAACCCUAACCUAUUCGGACCAACCCGGUCAGCCCGAGUUGACCCAUUCACUUUCGAUCCGUUUACCUUCAUCCAAAAUCAUCUCAACGAUCUCCGUUCAAGAGGAGCUCAAAUCGAGUUCGUGAUCCAGAAUAAUCCCUCCGAGCAGGGCUUUCGGCUUCCAGCGAACCUCGGUGAUUAUUUCAUUGGACCCGGGCUCGAGCAACUGAUUCAACAGCUGGCCGAAAACGACCCCAACCGGUACGGGACCCCACCGGCAUCUAAAUCAGCCAUUGAAGCGCUGCCUACGGUGAAGAUAGAGAAGAACAACCUGUAUUCGGAGUUCAACCAAUGCGCGGUUUGUAUGGAUGAGUUCGAGGAAGGGACUGAAGCGAAGCAAAUGCCCUGUAAACAUCGUUAUCACAAAGAUUGCAUAUUGCCGUGGCUGGAAAUGCAUAAUUCAUGCCCUGUGUGUCGUCACAAGUUGCCUAGUGAUGAUCCUGAUUAUGAGAGGAGGGUUAAUGGGGCACAGGGUACUGCUGGAGGUAACGAUGACAAUAGUAGCGAGGGUGAUAAUGGCCAAAGGUCUGAGGAUAAUCAGACGGUGGAGAGGAGUUUUAGGAUAUCGCUGCCUUGGCCGUUUCGGGGCCGUGGGUCGGGUUCAGGAUCAGAUGAUAAUGCACAGACCAGGCAAGAAGAUUUGGAUUGAGAAACAUUUGCUGUAAAAUAUCAGCGUUUCUUCCAUGAGACACGGUGGUAGAACUUCUUCCAGUCAGAGUAUGGUUAAUUAAACAUGAAGUAUUAAGGUUAUCGUGGUUGCAUUCCAAGAAAGUCUUGGUUUUGGCAUCUGAUAUUGUAUGUGUAUCUGAAUUCAUUUUACAGCUUUGUUACAAGGGAUUCAAUAACGCUUUCCAUACAUUGUUUGUUGUAUAGAUUCUUUGGUCCUUUGCCCAAAUAUGCAAGCUGUUAGCAUGUGAAAAAUAAACAAUAGGUUCCAAAUUAUCUUUUAUUCGUUGGAAUACAUAAUUGAAUCACCUGAAGAAGGU